AUCUGACAUCUUCUUACUUAUAUAAGGCAAUGUACUGGGUUAUUUAAAGAAAAUCAAAAGAUUAAAAGGCGACCAUAACAAUAACAAAAUGGCUGAAAGUGAUUUAAAAUCGGAUAAAACAGCUGUAGAAACUAUCUCUGAUACCUCAGACUUUAUACAACGUUUUGAGAAUUUAUUUGAUUCUAGUCGUUUAAGUGAUGUUGUGUUAUGUGUUAGUGGAGAAAGAUACCGUGUUCAUAAAUUUAUUUUAGUCACUGCCAGUGAAGUCUUCUGUGCUAUGUUAUCUGACCAAUGGCAGGAAUCCAAAAAGACAGAAAUACAGUUAACAGAAGAUGAUGCCUGUAAGGAUGUUUUUGAACAGUUUUUAAAAUAUUUAUACACUGGUUCUAUCGAUUUAGCUAUUGAUACAACUUUACCAAUAUUAUUACUAGCUGAUAAAUACAGCAUCAAAACAUUACAGAAAUCUUGUGUUCAGUACAUGCAGAGACAUAUUGUAGCUACCCCUGACACUAAUCGUACUUUAUCCUGGUACCAAUACGCCAAGUUGACGUCACAAGAAGAACUCAUGCAGGAAUGUGGAAAGUUUAUUCUCUCCAACUUUAGUGUAAUUUUAGAAGCCUCCGAUUGGAAUACGCUCUCCAAAAAUGAAGUCAUAGAAUUUUUAAUGAGUUCAGAUAUGAUUAUAGAAAGUGAAUAUAUCUUAUGGUUAUAUGUUGAACAAUGGCUUCUAUCAACUCAUAAUAAAGACAAUAUACAAGAAAACAUAAAUGAAAUUUUGCCCCUUAUUCAUUUUUCAAUGAUCUUACCUAAACAUCUCUUAAUGAUAGAGUCUUCCAAUCUUUGUCAAGAUUUUAACAAUUUAUUUAAAGAGAAGUUAAAUCAAGCGUACAGACAUCAUUCUUUGGCUGUAGAUUGUGCUGAAGUUGGUAAAAGUAUUGAACCAUACAGAAAUUAUUGUAGUGAUAUUUACAAAAUUUGCCAUCCAUUUUCCCUACAUGAAUAUAAAGAUUGUCAGAGAAUUGAUAGUAAAAUUACAAUCCGUUGUCAAAUCCCUCCAAGAUUUAUCUCUCCAAAUCAUCCAAAUUGUGACAAAGAUUCAGCUAUGUUUCAUGUUUAUUUUUAUCCUAAAGGCUUCUUUUCAAUCAUUACCUUAUAUGGUAGCUAUGUAGGCAGACGUAAUGAUGGCACAACAUUGAAAGUUGUAAAUAGAAUGCCUUACGAAGUGCCAAUCAAAAUUCAUAUUACUCUAGUUUUAUACAGUUUAUUGAAUUCUGUUAAAUAUGUCUCCUUUACCCAUAAUUCUCAUCAUUUGUUGACGAAACAAAAUAAUUUUGAAGACACAGUUGAUAAUGUUAUUGAUAUUAAAAAACUAGCUGAUGAUUCCCAAUAUUUGAUUAAUGGAGCUUUGGAGGGUAAAAUAUUUAUUAAGGUUGAGGACAUGGGCGAACAUUUAGGUCCUACACCUAAAAGAGAAUAA